GAAAUCGAAAUGUGGUUUGACAAUCCAUACGCCAGUUAGCCUUAGUGCAAAUCACGCGUCCGAGGAGGAGAAACACUCAUCUGAAAACCCCAAUAUACUUUAAUUAUCAUUGUAAACCCCCCCCCCCCCCCCCCCACCCCAUGCGGUUCAGAGUAUCACGAUAUGUUUGGCUCUUCCGGUUGAGUAGCCUAACCGCGGAACUACGUUCGUCGGCGAGCUUCUCUUACCGUUUCAGACCGACAUUUCACCCCGGGCGUCCUUUACUCUUCGCUCGGAAACUCACGAUGCAGUCGGAUCGAAAUGUGACUAGCAGCAGCAGUAGCAGUAGUUGCGGGGAGUUGGGCUCGGUCAGGGCAGAGAAGCCAGGGCCGGGGCUUCCCAGCAACAACCCGACUGUCACAACAGAAGAUGCAGGUCCUGCGGUGGAGAAGAAACGAGUGGGAAACACGCUUGUUUUGGACGUGAGAAACUUGAGGACCCCGAGUCCGCUGUUCGGGGCCAACUGUGAUGACGACUCGGAGUCAGAGGCUUUCCGGGAUGGGAGAACCGAGGGGGUUGACCGGGACACCAGGGGAAGGGCGUUUGCUUGGUGCCGAGACUUUCUGUCAGGCUCGUGGAAGACUGUCAAAGAGGGUGAUUUUCAAAUAAGCAUUGUCAGUGGUGGGCUGAGUAAUCUGCUGUACCUGUGUAGUUUGCCUGACCACGUGCACUCUGUGGGAGAUGAACCUCGUGAGGUGCUCCUCAGAGUCUAUGGUGCCAUCCUACAGGGAGAAGACUCCCUGGUGUUGGAAAGCGUGAUGUUUGCGAUCCUGGCAGAACGAACUUUAGGACCAAAACUUUACGGCAUCUUCCCUCAGGGACGCUUAGAACAGUACCUUCCGAAUACCCGCAUGCGCACAGAUCAACUUUCAGAUUCGGUCAUAUCAGCUGAGAUUGCCACCAAGUUGGCAUGUUUCCAUGAAAUGAGCAUGCCCUUUAACAAAGAGCCCAAGUGGCUGUUUGGGACCAUUGACAAAUACAUGGAUCAAGUGAUGACACUUAAUUUUGUACGUGACGCCCACGUGAAGAAGUACAAGAAGCUGAUGAAGUUGGACCUGCCUGCAGAGCUGGAGAGCCUCCGUGCGUUGCUGGCAGUGACUCCCUCGCCUGUGGUGUUCUGCCACAACGACGUCCAGGAAGGUAACAUUCUGAUGCUAGAAGACAAAGACCACAACACAGCAAUGAAACUCAUGCUGAUCGACUUUGAGUACAGCAGUUACAAUUACAGGGGUUUUGACUUGGGGAACUAUUUCUGUGAGUGGGUGUAUGACUACACCUAUAACCAGUGGCCCUUCUACAAAGCCACACAGGAGAACUAUCCCACCAGAGAGCAGCAGCUUCAUUUCAUCAGAGCUUAUUUGGCAGAACAGAGAAGAUACUCUGACAUUACCAUGGUCCAGACACAGAUGGAAGAGGACAUGAUAAUUGAAGCAAACAGGUAUGCAUUAGCAUCACAUUUCCUCUGGGGGCUGUGGUCCAUCAUUCAAGCAAAGCUAUCCAAGAUUGAGUUUGGUUACAUGGACUAUGCCCAGUGUCGCUUUGAUGCCUACUUCAAGCUAAAAAAGGUCUUCUCCUGAUUACCUCUGUUAACUCAGAACGUAAUGUCUCUUGUUGUGUUGUUGAAACUCCAGUACUAUGCAGCCCUGCUUAUGACAAGCAAUGUUGGGUGAAAAAUAGACAUUUACAUCUGAACAUAAUGCAUCUCAUUGAAGGACCUUUCCCUGUAGUGUGACAUUUAGUUAGAGCAGGUAUCGCUCUUUAGCAUCAGAAGUCUUUGUUCAUCAUUUGAGGGGCUCAAUCAGAUGGAUAGCUACUGUAAUAAGCAAUGCUGGUUCCCACAGAAUUUAUGUCUUGGAAUUUCUUUCUGGGUUUUUAGUCAUUCUACCUCACUUCUUUCUGCUUAUGUUUGUUCUGCCAUAGGCUUAUUCUUUGAAUGUCCAAUAAAGUUAAGUUUGAAGUUGAAGCAAAUUAUUUGACGAUGGCUAUUUUAUGCAGUAUCACUGUAGUUGACAAUAAGGUUAAUUUAACCAUUAACGGUUACAAAGUGUAAAGCCUUUAUGUCAGUAAAAUUGGAUCUAUUAACUGUUCAUUUCUGCUGCACCUUUAACUGCCCAUAUUUAAUCCAGCUUGUAUUAACUUUCAUCAUCUCUGUAUCAUUCCAUGCCAAUGAUAAAUGUCUAUUUUGCACUUGUAUGCAAUCACAUUAACCUGAAUUGCUUAAACUAGAUCCAAUAAUGAUUUAAAUCCGUAUCAUAAAGUCCCUUCAUGAAGUCAAGUGUGGUUUUAAAAUGUUCUGGAAACUUAAAAGAAAAAUAAUUUGAAUAAAUAAAAGCAUCAUAAUGGAAUUAAAACAGACCGACUUGAGGGAAUGUACUUCUAUCACCAAAUAUCAUGAUAUCCGUGUUUUACACAAACCUUUUGUUACAUCAAUUCACUUAUAAAGAAACUAGAAGCGUAACCUGUGCCAUUAACUACCUGUACAUUGUUCCAGUACAAUUUAAUUCUCUUAAAACCUGUAUCUUUAUUAUGUUGGUCUUCUUUGCACUUGUAAACAUAUAUUUUGAAAAAGCUAAUAAACAUAUGUGCUUAGAA